UGUCGGCGUCUCUGUCAAGUCGAAGUUGCGUUCACAUGGUGGACCACACUGUGCCCGUAGUACCGUCAUUGUUUUGCGGCCUAAUAUCCGGAAAGGGGAAUCUACGCGCCACGCUCUCGGCCGGUACCGCGUGUUGGCAAAUCGCACCAGUUCCUACUGCUGCUCUUCAUUUCCUCGCUGCGUAUGUUGCAGCGUUGACUAGGCCUAUCGUGGAAACCGUUCAUAUCUUCGAUAAUCAUGCUUGAAACAACCACUGGACCCACUGGUAGCUCCUCCCUCGCCACGAUUUCGGACCACUCAAUACAGCGCGGAGGCGUCAGGGCAUGGAGCACUUUACGCAGGUUGACGAACAGGGGCGCGAGGAAUCUGAGUCGGAGCCUGCCCAGAGAGCCUAUGCCUUUUACCCCUCGCCUUUGGGAGGGAUCCCCCGGGGCUUCACAGGAUGACGCUCAACCCAAUGUCCCCACCAUGACUGCUCAAAGCGCCGGACUGCCGCUCGAGCUGUGGUGGCAGAUCAUCGAUCAACUUCAGUAUGACUGGCUCACAUUGCUCGCAUGUGGGGUAGUCUGCCGAGGGUGGCGCGCUCGAGCCCAAUCGUACCUACCGCAAGGCUACCGACGUACCGUGGAGCUCUACAGCCAAAGGGACGUAGCGAGUCUUUCGCGAUUCGCUCGUGUCCGUAAUCUGCAAGCACAGACCGUCCAGAUUCAUGGAAAUCCCCACUCCGGCUCAAUCGCGCAUCUUGGGACGUUCGCAGCGAUGCUCUCUGGGCGACUAUGCCAUCUUAACGAGCUGCAUGUUAUGUACGGUAUCUGGGAGACGGGGACAGUGGACACGUGCACCCUCUUCCGAUGUCUGUCCACGCAUUCGGCCAUCCGACAUCUUCGUCUCUGUGGAGUCACAUUGCCGUCCACUACAGCCCUCCUUCGUCUACUCUCUUCUCUUCCUAGACUCCGUUCUCUCGAUUGCGUCGAUAUAUCAACAACAGCAAAACACCACGGCGAUCGAACAUGCGUCUAUCCGCCGCGGCGCUGCAAGAUCGAGAAGUUUGUUUUAGACUGUCCUGACGUGGAUAGCAUCUUCGACCUCUUCGCGACGGACAGCCUCGCGGAAUAUAGCAGUACUGUUGAGGUUGGAAUACACUCCGCCUAUGAUGCCGAUGAGGGCCCGUCGAUGAAUUUUACGAGGUUCAUCAAAAGCCUGACCUCGGUCUCUCGAUUGACGAUUGUAGUGCGCGAUGCAGACAUGUCCGACGAUGAACCCCUAGCGAGAUGCCUGUACUUGGCACAGCAUCACUGCGAAAGACUUGAAUAUAUCAGCGUCCAAGCUGUUCCUCGUGCACGUCCGCUGCUGGAACUCACAUUCAUAUGCGCCAUCCUGUCCUUCGUGACUAUCAACAUAACCAAGCGAUUCAUCAUGCUCGAUAUACAGCGCGGUUAUUUACACAGCAAUAGAUCCCAUGGACACUACGUCGUUCUCAGACGGGCAGCGGGGCGCUGAUCAAGUGUUGAUGAUUAAGUACCAGGACCGCAAGGCCACCCGGCCUGCGAUACUCCGGAGAGCAUUUGUGACUCUCAGUAUACCGUCGUGGGUGGCUCGCGCCCCAG